AUGUUGGGGUGCAGGCUGACUAACAUGAAUGGAUCUGUGGAGGACACCCAGAUGGAGACGGGUGACAUUAAUCGGGUAAUGAGGAGCUUGGAAACUGGGACGGUCCUCACCCUCUUUUACCAGAAGAAGUCCCAGCGGCCGGAGAGGAGGACCUUCCAGGUGAAGCUGCACACCAGGCAAGUCAUAUGGUUCAGGACCUCGGAGAAAGUGGAAGGAGAAAUUGACAUUCAGGAGAUUAAAGAGAUUCGUCCUGGAAAGAAUUCACGGGAUUUUGAAAGGUAUCCUGAAGAUGCUCGUAAAGUAGACUCUUCCUUCUGCUUCAUCAUCCUGUAUGGGACAGACUUCAGAUUAAAGACCCUCAGUGUUGCCGCCUUCAGUGAAGAAGAGGUGAACCUAUGGAUCAGCAGCCUGACCUGGGUGGUGUCGGACACACUGAAGUCGCCGGGUCCUCUCCAGGUUGAGAGGUGGCUCCAUAAGCAGUUUGAGGCCAUGGACCGUGCACGGGACGGAAGCAUCACCAUGAAGGAUCUGAAAGCUCUGCUCCCCCACAUUAAUUACCGGGUGCCGAACAUGAGAUUCCUGCGCGACAAACUGCAGGAGAUCGAGGCCCGCAGCGAGCUGAGUUUCCUGCACUUUGUCCUAUUCUACAAGAACCUGAUGUUUGACGCUCAGAAAUCAAUCAUUGAGCAGCUGGAGUUAUCGUUCCCCUUACGAAAUGUUGAUCGUCCGUCGUUGUGUCAGAUCUCGCUGUACGACUUUCAGCGCUUCCUCCAGUUUGACCAGAAGGAAGCCUGGGCGAGUGACCUUGGUAAAGUCAGAGAUUUCCUGUGCGGUUACCUGCGGGAGACAGAUGAGGAGAUAGCGGAGCCGGUCCUACAGCUGGAUGAGUUCCUGACGUAUCUCUUCUCCAAAGAAAAUGCCAUCAUGGAUUCCAAGUAUGAGAGUGCGGUGCCGGAGGAGAUGAACUACCCUCUGUCCCAGUACUGGAUCUCAUCCUCACACAACACGUACCUGACAGGUGACCAGUUCUCCAGUGAGUCCUCCCUCGAAGCUUAUGCCCGCUGCCUGCGCAUGGGCUGUCGCUGCAUUGAGUUGGACUGCUGGGAUGGACCUGAUGAUCUGCCCAUCAUCUAUCAUGGACACACGCUGACCUCAAAGAUAAAGUUUCUAGAUGUCCUCUACACCAUCAAGGACCAUGCCUUCGUCACCUCCGAGUACCCGAUCAUCCUGUCCAUCGAGGACCACUGCAGCGUCAUGCAGCAGAGGAACAUGGCCUACUACUUCAAGAAGGUGUUUGGGGACAUGCUACUCACUAAACCGGUGGAUAUCAAUGCGGACGAACUCCCAUCUCCUAAUCAACUUAAGAAGAAGAUCCUCAUUAAACACAAGAAGCUGGUGGAGGGUAACCUGUAUGAAGAGGUGUCUACAGCCAGUUAUUCUGAAAAUGACAUCAGCAACUCCAUCAAGAACGGCAUCCUUUACCUGGAGGACCCCAUCGACCAUACCUGGAGUCCGCACUAUUUUGUUCUCACCAGCAACAAAAUUUAUUAUUCUGAGGAGACCUCGCGGUACCAGUCUAAUGAAGAUGAAGAAGAGGUGGAGCCAAAAGAGGAACUGAAUAAUAACGAGCUGCACUUCAGUGAGAAAUGGUUCCACGGGAAACUGGGCGGAGGGCGUGACGGACGACAGAUCGCAGAGAAACUGCUACAUGAGUACUGCACCGAAACAGGAGGAAAGGACGGAACAUUCCUAGUACGCGAGAGUGAGACAUUCGUGGGUGACUACACCCUUUCAUUCUGGCGCUCCAACCGAGUACAACACUGCCGCAUCCAUUCCAGGCAGGAAGCCGGCACCACCAAAUUCUACCUGACGGACAACCUGGUGUUUGACAGCCUGUACAGCCUCAUCAGCCACUACCGGGAGGUGCCGCUGCGCUGCAACGAGUUUGAGAUGUGUCUCACGGACCCGGUGCCACAGCCCAACGCACAUGAGAGUAAAGAAUGGUACCACGCCAGCCUUACCCGCCUGCAGGCAGAGCACAUGCUAAUGAGAGUACCACGUGACGGAGCCUUUCUGGUGCGUAAGCGUAAUGAGGCAAACUCCUUCGCCAUCUCCUUCAGAGCGGAAGGUAAGAUCAAGCACUGCCGGAUACAGCAGGAAGGCCGGCUCUUUAUGCUGGGGAGCUCUGCGGAGUUCGAGAGCCUGGUGGAUCUUGUCACUUACUAUGAGAAGCACCCGCUAUACCGCAAGAUGAAGCUCCGGUACCCCAUUAAUGAAGAGGCACUGGAGAAGAUGGGCACUGCGGACCUGGACUAUGGGGCGCUGUAUGAGGUUCGGACCCCCCACCUUUAUGUGGAAGCCAAUAAGAUGCCAACAUCUCGGUGCAUGGUGAAGGCUCUCUAUGAUUACAAGGCCCAGCGAGAGGAUGAGCUGUCCUUCUGCAAACAGGCCAUCAUACACAACGUGGACAAGCAAGAUGGCGGCUGGUGGCGAGGAGACUAUGGUGGGAAGAAGCAGCUUUGGUUCCCUGCAAAUUACGUGGAGGAGGUCAGCAGCACAGUUACCACGGACCAGGAUGACACGUCCCUGUUUUUUGGUCAGUCGGCAGAAAACAGCCCCCUGGGGAACUUCCUGAAAGGAUUUAUAGAUGUCCCUUCCUGUCACAUUGUCUUAUCCAAGGAAGGAGGCAGCUGCAGGCCGUACAUGUUCACUAUCCACUCCCAGCAGAUGUCCCUCCCGUCUCAGGCAUUGGAUGUGGCAGCCGACUCGCAGGAGGAGCUGAACGAUUGGAUCGCAAAGAUCCGGGAGGCCGCGCAGAACGCAGAUGCCCGGGUGAGAGGGAAGAUAAUGGAGAGGAGGAAGAAGAUCGCGCUGGAACUCUCUGAGCUGGUCGUGUACUGCCGGCCGGUGCCCUUCGAUGAGGAAAGGAUUGGCACAGAGAAGGCCUGUUACAGAGAUAUGUCGUCGUUCCCUGAGACCAAGGCUGAGAAAUACGCCAACCGCAGCAAAGGGAAGAAAUUCCUGCAGUACAACCGGCGCCAGCUGAGCCGCGUCUACCCCAAGGGGCAGCGCCUGGAUUCCUCCAACUAUGACCCGCUGCCCAUGUGGAUCUGUGGCAGCCAGCUGGUGGCGCUGAAUUUCCAGACACCAGACAGGCACAUGCAGCUGAACCAGUCGCUCUUCAUGCUGGGCGGGCAGAGCGGCUACGUACUGCAGCCAGACAUCAUGAGGGACGAGCUCUUUGACCCGUUUGAUAAAAGCAGCCUGAAGAUUGUGGAGCCAAUUACAGUCCAGGUUCAGAUUCUGGGCGCCAGGCACCUCCCUAAGAACGGCCGGAGUAUUGUAUGUCCUUUUGUGGAAGUGGAAGUUUGUGGAUCGGAGUUUGACAACAGCAAGAACAGGAGCGACGUUGUAGCGGACAACGGUCUGAACCCCGUCUGGACAAUGAAGGAGUUUGUGUUUGACAUCAAUAAUCCAGAAUUUGCGUUCCUGCGAUUCGUGGUGUACGAGGAGGACAUGUUCAGUGACCCCAACUUCCUGGCGCAGGCAACGUUUCCCGUGAAGGCUCUGAAGACGGGUUACCGAUCCGUGCCCUUAUGUAACAGUUACAGCGAGGAGCUGGAGCUCGCCGCCCUGCUGGUGCAUAUAGAGAUUGCCAAUGCUAAGGAGGAGGACGACGAAAACCUUUACACAUCCAUCCAGCAGCUCCGGGACAGAGCAAGUGAGCUCUCCAGCCAGGUCUCCAGCUACGAGAGAGCCAAUAACUGCGACUCCCGAUACCAGCAGCGUCUGGACGAGCUCCGGGCAGCGCAGGAAAGACUGCUGGAGCUCACCGAAGUGCGAAACAGGAAGUGA